CUGGUCUGAACUUCCGAAACUGUCUCUUCUCACAUCCAACAAAAAAAAAGCCUUGGAAAUUACGCCAACACCCUUGCCCUCUUCCUACCAUUCCUCUCCAAUAGGGGCAAAACGGUAUUUCCGUAUUCCCGACCCAACAGAACCAAGUAACCAAAACCUUCCCUCAUUCCCAAUUUCUCUUCAGAUCCGAUUAAGCCCUAACCCUAGCUCCCAAAUCGCGUUCAGCGAGAAUGGGGGACUUCAACCUGGCGCUGGUGAUCGUGGCGAUCGUGGUGUGCGUUAUCGUAUUCCUCGUCAACGUAUACCUCCUCGUCAAUUACCAGCACCCCGAUGACAUUAACCAGGCCUACUUCCCCAAAUUUGUCGUCGUUUUGGGUCUCUCCGUCGCCGCCAUCUCCAUCCUCAUGCUUCCCGCCGACGUUGCUAACCGUCAGGCCUGUCGGCACGCGAUCUACAAUGGCGCGUGCAAUCUCACGCUCCCCAUGAAGGACCUCUGGCUCGCGGUGUACAUCCUCGACGCGAUCCUCGUCUUCUUCGUCAUCCCCUUCGCCAUGUUCUACUACGAAGGCGACCAGGACAAGAGUGUUGGUAAAAGGAUUAAGAGCGCGUUGUGUUGGAUGGUGACCACUGCGAUUGUGUGCGCUCUUAUUUUGGGGAUUUUGUAUGGACUUAUUGGAAAGGUGGACUUUACUGUUAGGCAUCUCUCUUCUUCCACAAACUCAUUUCCUAGCACAUGGGAGUUCAGCAGUAGUCAACAAUGUAUUGGAAACACACAUCAGUGUUCUGCAUACAUUGCCAGUCCUUCAUCAGAGAAAACCUGGACCAUGCGUACUACCUUUCCGGAAUAUGUUGUUGCUCUGGCCACUAUAGUUGGAUCUGUGCUUUUUGCUAUAUUUGGUGGUGUUGGUAUUGCUUGUCUUCCAUUGGGACUUAUAUUUUCUUUCAUUCGGCGUCCAAAGGCUGUUAUCACUCGUUCACAGUAUAUCAAGGAAGCUACUGAAUUGGGCAAAAAAGCAAAAGAUCUGAAGAAAGCAGCUGAGUCACUUCGUCAGGAAGAAAAAGGUGGUUCAAAGGGUAGGAAAUUUCGGAAAAAUGUGAAAUCAGUGGAAAAGGAGUUGCUUCAAUUAGAAGAAGAUGUCAAGCUUCUUGAAGAGAUGUACCCACAAGGAGAAAAGGCUGAGGCAACAUGGGCACUAACAGUUCUAGGGUAUCUGGCAAAACUUGUUAUGGGAAUUUUAGGGUUAAUCGUUUCUGUGGCGUGGGUUGGUCAUAUCAUUAUCUAUCUAUUAGUUGAUCCUCCGCUUUCUCCUUUCUUGAAUGAAGUUUUCAUCAAGCUGGAUGAUAUCUGGGGUCUUCUUGGUACAGCUGCAUUUGCAUUCUUCUGCUUCUACCUUCUUCUUGCUGUGAUUGCUGGAGCCAUGGUGCUUGGGCUGAGACUAGUUUUCAUUACUAUUCAUCCAAUGAAGUGGGGAGCUACUCUCAUGAACUCUUUUCUGUUCAAUGUGGGCCUUAUUCUUCUUUCUUCCAUUAGUGUGAUCCAGUUCUGCUCCACAGCAUUUGCCUACUAUGCUCAAGCAACUGCAGCACAGGAAAUAUUUGGCCACACCUUGGAGUCUCUUCGGGGAAUUAAAUAUUUGUACAAAUACAAUGUCUUCCAGAUCGCGUUUGUUGCAUUGGCUGGGCUAACUUUUGUAUAUUAUGCUGCCUUUGGAUGGAGAAGAAAGAAGCCCAGUGGCAGGUUCCAAUUGUCUACAUGAGGGUAAUGGUUUAUUGCGUGGAAGAAUGUUUUCUAAAGGUAGCCAUCGGGAAUUCUUAUCGCAAAAUCUCAUUUGAAGUGGCUUUUAUUUGGAUGUGUGCAUUGGCCUAGUUUUGUUUUUCCUUGAAGAUUAUAGAGUUGGCUGAUGCGCAUCCGAAUAGAAUCAUUUUUCUGAGGUGUAAUCAUUGGGUGGGUGCUUGCGAUACCACUUAGCUUUUUUAUUCUUUCUCCAACCUUGUAUGUAUGAUUCCUUGGUUUGAUUUAUGCAAACACAUUCUUCUGAUUAUGUAACUGUAACUGAAUAUACCAUGAGCACAAGAGACUACUGGGUUUUUCGUAACCCUUUAAUGUAUAAUGCAACUGUUCCCAAAAACAAAUUGUACUAGUCAAUGUUUUAA